AUGGAGACGUCGAGCGGGGCCUUCACCGUCUCGCUGCGGUCGCUCACGUGGCAGCCCGAGGAUGUCAAUGCAGAGACAGCAGAGCGCCAGGUCUCGGCCUUCGUGCAGCUCGUGCUGCCGUCCGAGCAGCCUCUCGAGAGCGUCUGGUUCUCGGCGGAGGACGACAAUGUGAUGACCAGAAGCGUCUCCGUCUCGAAGCAGAGCAGCGGACGGAGACUACUAUUGGACUACUGCCAGAGCUCGAGGGCCGUGGCGCUCACGGUUGAAUCCAUGCAGGAGCUAGUGCAGGCUCAGCUGCUGCUGUCGCUCCACUGCGGGACGGCCAGGGCUCGCGCCACAGAUUCGCUACUGAGCAAGACGCUGGUGCCGCUGAGGACGGCGUUGCUGGGGCAGACGAAGAGACAGCAAGUAACUCUCGUUUCAUCCGGGGAGACGUUCGUGCUUGACCUCGAGAUUCAGUGCGACGUGGCGCUGGCGGACUUUAUGCUCGGUGCGAGGGUGCUAGAGCUACAGCCGCCGUGUGUGAGGAACUUGCCUGCGGAGUGGACGUUCCCGAAUUGUAUGAGCAAUGAAGAGGCUCUUCAGAUCUGUGCGGCGGCGGACCAGAACACUGCUUGUUAUGAUUUUGACAUCACCCUGCCACAGCUGGGAGCGAAGGAUGGCGCUGCAAGUAACGCUGGAGAAGGAGCUGCAUCGCCGUAUCAGUUUGAUGUCACGACGUUGAAAGGAGGAAAGCUCUGCUUCCAACCGUCCCUCUCGGAGAGUGAUAAGGAGAAAGGAAUUCAUGGAGUAGCUGCGCAACCGCCCCCAAGUGGUGACGAGCAGCAAGAAGAGCGGCCGCCAUCUCCUGUUUCAACGCUGUCGGGGGAGUGGAGCGUUCAGUUUCCGGGAACUACCAUGCUAUCAGUGCUAUAUUUCAAGAGCUCCGUUGACCGCCUCACUGAAUUUCUCACGGUUGAUAAGCAUGUGGGUGGAAUUCUACGACGCAGCCCCGCGGAUAACUCUAAUGGGAAGGCAAUCGAUGCCGUCUCAGCAGAAUUCCGAUUGCAUUUGGCCGAACUGUUGACGCCUGGUACAACGAAAAUUCUCCCGAAAGCCCCACUGCGGGCCAUCUCGCCUGUUUCCCGAGCAUUUCUGGAACAGGAGUUAGCCGGCGCUCAAACAAACGAUGACAAAAAGAAGUUUCAAAGUGCUCUAGCAGACUACGAGACAACCGUGCAACAAGCAGCAGCUCUCACUGCCGUUGCAACCUCUGUAGGUACGCACAUCGAAAUUGCCGCGGAGAUACUCGACACAGCGCUCGUACUUCAGCCACCGCAAGAUCUGGAACCUCCCUCAAAAACACUAAAGGAACUGAUUCCUCCGCGUGAUUUGGAAGCUGAGAGCGAAAAGAGGCGUGAUAUUUACGGGGACUUGCGAACGGAGAUCCGCUUGGUGGUCGUCAGUCUUUUGCGUGAAUAUGAAGACGUCUUUCGAGCAAGUGGCGAUAAAAGACAAACAGCAGAAGAUUAUGCAGCCGAUAUCUCUGCUUUGCGUGAUGAGAAGAAGCAGACUCUCAUUUACCGACUGAAUACGCAGGGGGUAUAUCACUCCUUCAAAGAAGCACUGAAGAAGCGAAUUGUGCCCGUUAUUCGAGAGUCUUUCGCUCGUACUGAAGUCGAGCCUGACGACAAUGACGAAGACAGCCAAGCGCAGCCGGACGAGAAGACGGUAGAAGAGAAGAAGAAGGAGCAGUUUGGCCAGCUCUACACGCUUCUCAUGCAGGAAGUGAACGCGAUUCUCCACGAAACCUUCUACUCAGACUCAAACGCACUCCUAGAGAACGCACAUGCAACGGUUGAAGGGCGCCCAACAUUGAAAGAGAUUGCAUCGGUGCUAGAAGUUUUGCGGGUCAAAACUGUGGAGAACGAGGUGAGUGGGGAUUUUGAGAAGAGCGAGAUGCUUCAUUUGGACCGCAUUGCUUACGCAGAGCAGCAUGCUGGUCAUGCUCAGGAGCGCCCAAAGCCUCAACAUCCUGCUGAUGUGGAUAAGGCAAACGUAUCCCAAAUACUCGUGGGUGUUUGGUACGACUACGCGCGCUUUUGCAUUGCGCAGGCUAAACUUGAGAAGGCGGGGUCGGCUUUGCAGCAGUGUUUGCGCCUCGAUGGGCAUGCAAUCCAGCCUCUGAUCACGCUCGUGGCUGUGCAGUGCGAGCUUCGAGACUUUGCGCGUGCAGAGGCCCUCGUGAAGAAUGCUGUAGUGGAGGCGAAGGCCGGAUUCGAGGGGAAAGAUCCGACAGGGAACUUGACAAUGUUUGAACUUCUCAAGGCUCAACAGGCGCUGAAAAGCCAUACUGGCGGAGGCCAACGCAGAGAUAUUUCUUGCGUGAGCGCAGUAUGGAUAUUCCUGGCUGAGUACGCGCAUGAGUGCAAAUUGUGGGGACUCACCGAGCGUGCGUUGCAACUUGCGGAUACUCAUUUGAAGUCGCGUGAUGUGAUCGGCGGCGAGCUGCGAGUGAUGAAAAGAGCCAUGGAAGCUGAAUUGUGCCUGCGAAGCGGUAGCGAUGGAGAGGACGCAGGAAGUUCUCGUGCAAUCAAGCUACUACAAGAGGCUCUAGAAAUCGAUGCAUCUCAUCCCAUUGCAUGGCUUACGCUCGGAAAAGUGUAUCUACAACAAGACUCGCAGACCAAAACGGCGAUUGAGUGUCUACAACGCGCAUUGGAGCAUCGUGGAGCCAUGAGUGCAGAGUCAUUACGACUGGGACUAUACUUGCGGCUCGGUUUAGCACUUCUGCAUUCCCAACAGAUCGAGGUGGCUGAAACAACGUUCCUGCUGGCGUGUGAUGAGUUCCGGGUGGCUUCAUGUUGGCUUGGCGUAGGAAUAGCUUGUCUGCGCCUCGAAAAGUGGGAACGCGCUCAGAUGGCUUUGUCCGAGGCCAACAGGUUGGACCCAUCAAACCCCGAUGUCUGGGCAUACCUCGCGCUACUUGCUCUCACAGCCCACGGGUCGGUGAGUGUUCGUGAUGAAAAGGACGCCCAGCAGUUCGUCUCGCAAGCGCUACGACAUAACCUCAGCAACCCCGCUCUACUCAGGGAGCUCAGUAAUGCGUUCGUGGCGAUCGACCGUCUAGAGAGUGCGGAAAAGCUACUGCGACGUUCACUCGCCUGCCAGGACUCGUCUCUCACAAGAAAAACGCUGGCGGAUGUACUAGCCGCGCAAAAUUGCGCCGAGGAUGCACUUCGUCAGUACACCCAGUCACUGGAUGCAGCUGAAGACGUUGGGGAACGCUGUGCUCUGUUGGAGAAAUGUGCUCAGUUGCUGACCACGUUAGGUAGACCAGAGGUAGCAAACGAGUACCGAACCAUGGCAAGGCAAUUUCAGGCGGAUGGUAUCUAG